CGCGUCAACAGACGCAGUGAGCAGACGCACUCUCACAUCUGCAGCGUUGUCCAUGGCGCCUUCUCGAUCCACCUUCACCACAACUGCUAGCUUCAACAUGUCGCUUCCCACCAACGACAACGGAGCCCAGCACAUACCUACCUCAACAGAUACCAACAUGACAUCUUCAGCUUCUGACAGCAAUGGCGCUGGCCAGAGCGAGCGAUACGAACCCACAUUCGUCUGUCUGCCACCUGAGCUCAAGAGGAUGAUCGUGCACAGUUCGGACGAUAGCUCUCUACCCAACUUGCGCCUCACAUGCAAGGAGCUCAAUGAGAUCGCCAGCAAGCCUUUUGGGGAGAGAUGUCUUGCUGAACGUCGCUUCAUGUUUACAAAGUACAGCAUGCAGGGGCUCUUGGAGCUUACCGCCCAUCCUAUCUUUG